GACGUUCCAGCUGAAAAGACCUCUCGUCGCUUAGAUCACAGGCGACGGGCUAUGGGCUUGAGCACUCGCCGUUUAACACCCGACCGAAGUAAGGUUAUUUUUAUUGCCUGGCAGCCCGAGAAAAACUAGACAUCGCUCUUGGCUUCCAUCAAAUGCCCGGAUCCCUCGCGGUCCCUGAAAUAUGAGGCAGAGGAAACUUGUAAGGUCUCAUAAUGGGAGCUGUGGUGGUUGACGACGGUCCCUCCGGAGUUAAAGCCCCAGAUGGCGGCUGGGGCUGGGCUGUUCUGUUUGGAUGUUUUGUCAUCACUGGAUUCUCCUACGCCUUCCCAAAGGCCAUGAGUGUCUUCUUUAAGGAACUUAUCCGGGAGUUUAGCGUCGGUUACAGUGACACAGCAUGGAUUUCUUCCAUUUUAUUGGCCAUGCUCUAUGGAACAGGUCCCCUGUGCAGCGUGUGUGUCAAUCGUUGGGGCUGCCGUCCUGUCAUGCUGGUUGGAGGUCUCUUUGCUUCCCUUGGGAUGAUCUUAGCUUCCUUCUCCACCAAUAUCAUUCAGGUCUAUCUUAGUGCUGGUGUCAUUACAGGACUGGGCCUGGCACUCAACUUCCAGCCAUCGCUCAUCAUGCUAAACCGCUACUUCAGCGUGCGGCGGCCUUUGGCCAACGGGCUGGCUGCCGCCGGGAGCCCCGUGUUCCUCUGUGCCCUUUCCCCUUUAGGGCAGAUAUUACAACCUGCCUAUGGAUGGCGAGGGGGUUUUCUCAUCUUGGGAGGACUCCUUUUGAACUGCUGUGUUUGUGGAGCUCUGAUGAGACCUUUGGACCCUCCUAAAAAAAACGAAGCUUCCCAAGGGACCUCUGAGAAAGCCCCCAAGAAGAAGCUGCUGGAUUUCAGCGUCUUCCGGGAUCGCGGCUUCCUAAUCUACACCAUAGCGGCAUCGAUCAUGGUGCUGGGCUUGUUUGUGCCCCCUGUCUUUGUGGUGAGCUAUGCUAAAGAUCUGAAGUACGAGGACACCAAAUCAGCUUUUCUUCUGACCAUCCUUGGAUUCAUUGAUAUCUUUGCUCGGCCCAUUUGUGGAAUAGUGGCCGGCUUGAAGUGGGUGAGGCCCCGCUGCGUCUACCUCUUUAGUUUUGCCAUGCUCUUUAAUGGCUUUACUGAUCUCAUGGGGUCCAUGUCCUACAAUUACGGCGGUCUGGUCGUCUUCUGCAUUUUCUUUGGCAUUUCCUAUGGAAUGGUUGGCGCUCUUCAGUUCGAGGUCCUCAUGGCAAUUGUUGGUACACAGAAGUUUUCCAGUGCCAUUGGCUUAGUUCUUCUGGCGGAGGCAUUGGCUGUUCUGAUUGGACCGCCUGGAGCAGGCAAACUCUUGGAUGCAACACACAAAUAUAUGUAUGUGUUUCUUUUGGCGGGUACUGAAGUGGUCACCUCGUCUGUGGUGCUGGCUGUGGGAAAUGCCUGCUGCAUCCGACGAGCAAAACAAACAACAGAAGAUGCUGCUGAAAGAGAAGGCUUAAACAAACAACCUGGAGAGGCCAAGGUGGACUCGAUUGAAGUGGAACACUUUCUGAAAGGCGAGAAAAACGGAGAGGUCGUCACUAACCCGGAAACAUGUGUUUGAGUGUGGCGAGAGUGAACGUCCGACAUGUAGGCAGAGAUUGAGACAAUUUUGAAAUGGUUUAUUUGUUUUAGAAAUAGGACUAGCUUAGGGCUGGGCCAUCUUGUUUGGGGGACUGGAAGACAACCAGCUCAUGAAAUCUCUGUUUGAAAGCUGUCUUGUUAGGUAACCUUUCUCCCUGCUUAAAAUAGGAUCGGUCUUCUGCUUGGGUGUAACUAUUAUUGUAAGCUAAACAAACAUCUUUGUAAGACACAGGUAGGGGUCCUGCUUUGCGUUACCAGAAAAUGCUCACGUGGAUGAAAAUAUUUUACCCAAAGAGGAAUUAUGCCAAACCUCCCUCUCAUACAGAUGAAAGAAUAAUCUGUUUUUGUGUGUGCGAUGCACCUCAGUUUGUGGCUGCUUUAUGAAAAAUGGCUCAACAAGGAAAAAUCUCAGGGACUUGGUCGUCUCCAGUAGGUUUUAGAACCCAUCCAUUCCCAAAUACAUCUAGAUCAUUUGGCUCAGCCAUAAUCUAAUUUUCAUUGCACGUACAAUGUCCAAUAACCUUUGAUUUGUCAGUGUAUUUUUAUUAGUUUUAUUUCUGUUUGUCUGUUUGUUUGUUUUAGGAGUCUUUUUUAUUGGAAAUAUAAUACAUGUCACAAGGUAGGCACUGCAGUGCUUCCUGGGAAACCUCAGAACAGCUGUUCCCAAAGGGGUGAUAAUAGAUUGAAAGUUGUAAUUCUAACAAGCCAGUGGAAGAAGAAAAAAAGCAAAGCAAAGUUGGCUGCUCUCCUUCUACGCUGCCCACUGACCUUUGGCUUGAAAUACAGUCCCUUUAGAACAUGUCUUAUAUUUAAACAGUUGUAAAACUUUCUGUCCACAUGGGAAACCAUUUCAAAAGCAAGAGACAGAGACUCAUUUUUAGAAGUGAGCCUUUACUACCUGUGGGUUCCACAUUAAACCAGAAGGGAGGGAGGAUAUAUGGUUUAUGUAGUUUGGAUGUUUUUUUAAUGAUUAAAAGGAGUUUCCUAAUAAAUGCUGAUAAAAGAACAUUUGGUCCCUAUUAUUCAAAGACCAUGAGGGAUCCUUGAUCAGUCCCAAAAGCCUUGAUGGCCUUUGAAUACUCAUACUCUUUUGAAUAAAAAUUCAGGGUUGGUAGCAUAUCUAUCCUUUUGUUCUCUGUGACUCACAGUAGUUGCUGAAUGGUGGCCGAGUGUUCAUAUGGUGGAAGAUAACAUUUGGGAGCAUGUUGUAUUUGGUGGUAAGGCUCACAAAGAGCCUCAUGGUGCCUGAGAUAUUAGAGAUAACUCAUGGCUUCCCACUCUUUGAAGAGACCAUCAGGUGGAAGAGUUGCUGGAAUUCACAGCUUCACUAUCCUUUUCUUACAACAUUUAUGGGAAAUGGGUGGAUUCGUCUCUCCCCCCACCCCACCCCGUUCUUUCAAAGUACAAUGGAAAUACAGGCUGAUGAUUCCAAGUUGUUGUAUACAUAAUUCUUAUUAUUAUUAUUACUAUUCAUUGAAUUUCUAUACCGCCCAGUUAGUGACAAACACUACUCCAGGUGGUGUAUAUAAUAAAACAAGCUUACCUCAACCACCCUACCCAGAUAUCUGAAUUCUUCUGAAAGACAAAGGUCUCGAGGUGUCUAGUUUUGUAUCAACCAAACUUGUCUACAUAAAAAAGCUUAGUCCUACACAUAACCUUAGUCAUAUUAUUAAGUCAUGGACACGUUUUCAGAGGAUUCUGUGCUCUCUGCUAAAUAUUAAGUUCCCUGUUAUAGUUAGGUAAGUGAGUGACCAAGUGGCACCCACAGGAAAGCACCAGGACAGCCAGUUGUGUCCCAUGAUAACCUCUGGCCAAAAUUCUGUUACAGAUUUCUACAAAUUUAAGUGUAAUUGUGCAAACCAUUGAGGUGAAUUUGCUGCUAAUUAGCACGCUGUCAGGUGUGAUUUGCACCACUAUCUUAUGUGAGCAGCAACUACAGUAAUUUAGCAAUUUGCCACCACAAUAUGAAUCCACUGCCAAUAUAAACCCACAGUAGAAUUCUGGCCAGUGACGGUACAGCACUUACGUUGCACAGACCCAGAACACAAUUAAGAAUGACGGAACUACCUUUGUUUUUCUCUUCUGUUCUUGUACCGUCACCUAGAAUGGUGGACAAGCUGUAGCCAAGAGAUGCUAUUGGACUCCCAGCUCCACUCAGUUCAUGUUUAGGAGAUGUGGUCCGGUAACAUCUGGAGGGCCACCUCUUGUUCAUCUGAUCUGUGCCCUACAUUUGUAAGAGCUGUCAGCCUUUGGAUAGAAGGUAGCACAAUAAGGAUGUGGAGCAGUCCUUGACAAAGCAGAGUGAGAAGAGGAAGUUCAGGGCCUUUUGCUUACAUUGUUUCUGCCUUCCAUGUUGAGCCCAGCCAUGACGUCAAAUGCAUAGAUGGUCUCAACAAAGAAAGCGUGUUGGUAAGCCUGCAUGUGCCCAGCACCAAGGACUUAGGAAGCUGUUUAUCACUUGUUUGCAAAUUAGCUUUGAAGUUUUCUGUAACAAUACCUCAGGCUGAUUUUAUGCUAUUUCCCUUUGCUUAGAUUUCAGAUGCAAAGUCUUUGUUCCCUUAGCUUUUCCCAUAGAAAUGUAGUGAGGUAUUAUUCAGAGAUACAAUGGAAAAUAGUAAAAGAGUUCCAAUCAGUUUCUAUUGUAAUGUUUCACCAAAGAGGGAAUAUGUAGAUAGGAUAAUACUACAUCUGGCAGAAACAUCCAUUCUGCUACUUUUAGUAGCAGGAGCAUAGGACCAAAAGGAGGUU